UGCGUGACCAUGGCAAAAUGCAUACAGUAAUAAUGGAAACGAAACAGAACUAAGAAAUAAACAAUCUUGCUUUUUUUUUUAAGAGCAAGCUUUAUUAUUGCUUAGUCAGAUAUUUAUUGUACUUGGUCAGAAAGACAUGAUUAUGUUGCAACGAAAGGCUUCACAUCUUGUCUUGGCUUUACUCUUUCAAAUCUGGUUGGAGAUCGCAAUCUUUUUGCUGCCUGUACGAGGAGAGAUGUGUAGCGCCAUGAUCACGGCUGCAGCCGGUGAUGAUCUGACCAUGCUCCGCAAUAAGACAUUCGCGGCGUUCAGAAAGGAAUGUCGUCUGAACAAAAGCCAACUCGAUGAGAGCAAGUCAGCUUGCUCAAUCUUCACUGAGGGGGGUUUGCAUGACGAUCCCUACAAGUUCAACAUCAAGCCACUCAACAUGCCUUUCCGGCUGGAGUUUGAGGUGAAGACUGAAUAUGCUGCGGGUAUCGUCCUGGCAGAAGACAAGACAGACGAGUCCAUCUUUGCCGAUAUAAAUAUCGGUGGUAUGAGGAAUCAACGGGCAGUCAUGAAACCAUGCUUUCACGAAAUGUGUUCAGAUUUAAUUGCAACACAUCUGGAGGCAGGUCUGGUUAACGCCAAUGAAUACCGCCCCUUCUGGAUCGACUACAAAGGGGGCGUGGUCAAGGUCGGUAAAGGAGGACAGCAGGAGGCUUUCUUGGAGUGGGAUGCCGGUACAUAUCACCAGCCUGUAGCAACUCAAGUGCACGUUGGUGUGACUUCGCGGGGUUACCCACACGCAGAUUGGGUGUUAUACCACGCUUGUGAGUGAACAGACCAAGGAUAAUGCACGAGUCUAGAUUUGAGAUAAGAUCGAUUUAAAUUCGACGUGUUUUCCUACAAAUUGUGCCUAAACCUUUAUUGCACAUAAUUUAGGAUACAUUUUUGGGCCAUAGUGCGAGGAACUGUAGUAGUUGCGGAAUAGAAUGUAAGCUUAGUUCAACAUCGAUUACUGGAUAAGUUUUACCUCUACGUACAUUAUCCCCAUUUUGUGUUGUAUUAAAUUGUUAUAUAAAGAUUUGAAAUUUUAUUUAAAAGUAGAAGUGAGUGCAAAAGCACAUUACUUGGAAAAAUCCUUGAUUUUAAAACUGAUUCAGAACACUGACUUGUAAAAACUGUGGAACCAUUUGUUUUCCGUUUGCCUUUUUUUACCCUUUUCACGUGAAUCUCCAAAAGCUGUUCGGGUAAAAAGCGACUGUUCUGCCAUGGAAAAAAAAACAUACACAUGUAUAUUCAUUUCAAAAAAAUCUUGUGGAGAUCUCUUGUAGAUAUUUUUGUGUGAGCACUGUGCAUGUAUGGUAUUGUAAAAAUUGGAAGAACGUGUGAUUAAUGGUUUCCUCUAGUUCUUCUAUCGUUAAUUGUGUGUAUAGAAGCUAGCGAUCUAUCUUGCGAUAUAUUCUGAUUGAUCUCUUUGGUAUUGUAUUUUAAGGUUUUUUUUUUAUUCGGGCAUGCAUGGGCUCACUCCAUCAAGCAUCAGUAAAACAAAGAUUUCCUUGCUUUUUAGAAUUACUGAAUACUUUUAUUCAUCUAAA